GUUCGGCAGCUUUGAAGGAUGCGAGGAAGAUGGCGAUGAAUGUACGGAAUAGAGAUGCAGUUUAUCCAAGUGCCGAUUACUGCAACACCUACAACCUUCACCCUGUAACAUAUGGAAACAGCAGCCAUUAUUUCCCUCGGGUACCAGGUCCAGAGACUGUUCUGAAACCACCUCUGAAUCUAAUGUGUCAACAACAGUCUCAGGCCUUCCAGCCUGUAUCCCCCACCCAGACCCUAGGGCCACCCCCAGUGAUGAUGUCCCCAGACCCCCUCGCUUUCCCCCUCUGCAGCCCCCUGCCUGCCAAGCCGCCUCCUCACUUGCAGCUGGUUCCCAGCCCUCCUAUUACAGUGCCCCCAGUCUCCAGCCCCCAGCUCCCUGAGGAGGAGUGCCAGAAAGUGGGGACUGAGCAGGACGCUACCCUGGAAGAGUUGUGUAAGCCCCUGUACUGCAAACUGUGCAACGUCACGCUCAACUCAGCCCAGCAAGCGCAGGCCCACUAUCAGGGCAAAAACCACAGCAAGAAACUGAGAAAUUUUUAUGCUGGUAGUCAGCAGCCACCCCCUAUCAGAAUACCAGAGGAAGUAGAGCCAAUUUCACAGCAGUCCCUCUCCACUCCACCCACAGAGACUGCCACUGCAGUGGUCAAACAGCCGCCCUUCAAGGGCCCCAGCAGGGUCAUCCUGGCCACGGAGAAUGACUACUGCAAGCUUUGCGACGCGUCCUUCAGCUCCCCCGCCGUGGCCCACGCCCACUACCAGGGCAAAAACCAUGCCAAGAGGCUCCGGCUCGCCGAGGCCCAGCAAGGCGCCAGCUCUUCAGAUACAGCGGAUCUCGCUCAGAGGCGUUCCAGGAAAGAAGGGAAUGAGUACAGACUGAACAAGAAUCGCCGGACACAUGUGAACACUGCCAUGCCAGGGCCUUACUACAACCCCCGGCCAAGGCAGCGCAUUCCGCGGGAUCUGGCCAUGUGUGUGACGCCCAGCGGUCAGUUCUACUGUUCUAUGUGCAACUCGGGGGCCAGCGAGGAGGCUGACUUCCGCCUGCACCUGGAGAGCAAGCAGCACAAGAGCAAAGUGUCCGAACAGCGCUACCGCAGUGAGAUGGAGAAUCUGGGCUACACCUAGGAGAAAGAAGGCAAUACUGAACAGGGAAUCAUCCAUGUAAUUCUCCAAGUGCCCAAUACUGGCUUUGUUAUGGAAGACUUUGCACAGAACGGUUUGGCUUUGUGGAAAAAGAUGAACGAAAGCUACCUCUUGUAGAAUUACAGGUGAUUUUAAUGUCAGAUUGUGCAUCUUCCUUCGGAUGAACCUGGAUGAAGCUUUUUGUCUUAUGGUAUGUAAAGAACUGGUCCAUCAAAAGGAACCGUUUUUACCCUGACAAUCGGGCGAGUCACCAAGUGAAAGAAGGCAGCUUUGCAGAGGUCGCCAUAAUUGCAUAUCUAGGAUCAGUUUGCCUUAAAGCUCGCUAACAAUUCAGACUUAUUUCAGUAUUAAGGUACUAAUCCUAGAUAAGCUUAUGAGAACUCUCCAAUCAGAUCAAUGCAGGUCUUGGUUUAGUUCUUUCUUUCAGUAGUACAAUGUUAUGUUGAAAAUUUAAUUAUUUAUUUCAUUAUAUGAUUUGUGUUGGUGGUUUGGUGUGUUCUUGUGGAAUUAUGAGUUUUCUGUGUUUUCCUUUUUUAAACUAACAUAGACUUCAAAUUCAUGACCGUGCAAUCAAUGCCUCAAAAAUAGGAACGCUAGGUACAUACAAAAAUUUAGAGGCAAACGUCCGGCUCACGGCUAGCUGUGGGUUCACUGUGUUACUUCAGGAAUAGGAGCCGAGUGCCUCAGACCAAGUGUGCUGUCCGAAGAAAUUAGCAUUAGCAUAGCAACUGGGCUUCAGGUCAGCAGAUUGAAAAGUGCUGCAGGCUUCUUACAGGACCUGCUGAAUGUACUAUGACUGCGAUGACAAUAUCUUUCCUCACUGGUUUUGCACAGCUGUAUUGUAGAUGCAGUCUGAAGUAUUCACACCUACAGAGAUUAUUCAGUUUGUUUGCCUCAUUCUGUGACAUAGCUGACAUAUACCCCAGAAAGGCGUCUUUUCACUCUCAGUCUAGAGACUGCUGUUCGUCAUGCUCUCCCUGUGGUUCUUCCCUUGGUAAGCUUUCCCUUCUCAAAAUGCAGCAAAGCUCAGGGGAGCCCAAACUGGAGCUAUUUUUAAAAAGGUGACUUUGGGUCAGUUCCUCUGCGCACCCCUACCUCAAAUGAGAAUGGUUCUUCUUCUGAACAGUCAGUCCAGUAGUAGUUUUGAUAGCUUGGAUAGAGAAAAAUUAAGAAAACAUUAGAAAGCCCACCAAGAAAUUUAAUGUAUUAAUAAUGUAUUAAUGUAAGAUAUAUUGACGAAACAAAUAAUCUAUUUUAACGUAUUUGUAUAUUUCUAGAUAUUUUCAGAGAAGGGACUAUGAAAUUCUGAGAAAAGUUACAUAGAUUACAAGUUUUAUCAACAGCUAUGUCCAGGUUCGGUACAUAGUUUGUUUGUGAAGGAAAGUUUUUAUUUCAGUAUCACUGUAUUUCGUAGCUAAUUGUAUGUUCAAACCUGUUUACAUUCACAGAGUAAUAUAGACAUUUAAUCAAGGGCAUUUGCAAUAUGGCAGGCUAUAAGAAUGCUCCCUUCUUAAUACCACUCCAUUCCAGUUUUGUCUGCCUCUGAAUUCUGUCACUUUUUACUGUUUAAACCAGUAAUAACCUGCAUUAUUAAUUGUUGAAGUUCCUCUUUGUUUUGCGUAGUAGUAAAUAUGUAUGAUAUUUAGAAACAAUGUGAGCAUGAUAGUAUUACUACUGUUGAAUAUUUUAUAAUAUGUGAAAAGAGGUCAAUGCACUGCAAGUGGGGAAAAAAGAGCCAUUUGUUGAAUCCGUUUUUCAAGUAUUGCACUUGUUCAAGCAAAGAGAAAGAAAAUUGUGAUUAACAAUUGCUUUUUGUUAUCGUAGUUCGAUGUUUAUAUGUAAUUUUAAUCAAAUGUUUACAGCGGGAAUUUAACAGGGCAUUUUUGCCCCAUAUCACUUUACAUGGUUCGCUCUACUGUAUUUUUGGGGAUGAGCGUAGCUCGCUGAUAGCUUGUGCAUCAGACUACUUUGACCUAAGGCUCUUUUUUCUGUUAAUCUGAUAUGGAGACUAACUAGCUGCACUAAUGUUGUUGGGUUUGAGCCCAUACUUAGGCUGAAAGCUCAAUCCUGUGCCUCUGAAUCUUAAGCACAUUCUGUUGGAAGUGAUGUGUUCACCGUGCAGGUGGCUUGUGUUCUAAAUCCGAGUUACACCCAUUUACAGUGAUUUAAAAUACUGUAGUUGUUGUUUUCCCACCCUCAUUAGUUUUAACAGGCACUUAUGACUUCUGAGCUCUACAGCAUUGCUCUUGAAGACCCCCAAAACAUGGAUAAGUUUGUAUAAACUUAAUUCUCAAAGCAGGCCUGGUUAAGAGAAUACUUCAUUGGUACAUCAUGAUUCAAAGGUUUGGAAUCGCUUGUCAUAUUAAUAUUCUAUGCUAUUCUAUCCUGUAAAAACAUAUACAGAGUCGAAAUAUUCUAAACUACACACCAAAAUGUAUUUUAGAUGCAAAUUUUGUGAGACAAAAAGGUUAUUUCAUGCCAAACAAUGCACUGUAAUUAUCUAUUUAUUGUAGGGAUGGACAAUAUGACAACAUUUUCUUGUAUUGUGACAGAUUACAUCAUGAUACACCACAAUAUGCUUUUCUAAGCAUAUCACGAAUUUUGUCAGAAUACUGACCAAAUGCUAGAAUGUAGCUUUAACAAAAUUGCAGUAAAAUGCAUGAUUAGUCCUGUUUAAUUUGAUUUAGUGCAGCACAGUAAGCAAAAUGUUGAAUAAAAAUAAUUGUACUCAUCGUGUUUGAUGGUAUUUUUAAAAGGACCCAUAUCCUACAUUAUUCUUCCAUUUUAUUUUAUUUUCCCUGAGGUCCACUUUGACAUUUGACACAUUAGUGUGUUAUGCCAAAAAAAGACACAAUUCUUUUUUACAUGACUACUUUCCAGCCCACCGCGACCCAGAAGGAUAAGCGGUUUAGAUGAUGUAUGUAUGUAUGUACUUUCCAGCCUCUUUUUCUCCUUUAGAAUUAAGCAGGCUGUUUUUGUUACUGUACCUUUAAGACCAGUAUGUGUGAAUGAGCUCUAUUCUGAUUGGCUGUGCUCUACUGUGCCUCAAGUACCGGUUUUGAAACACUCUUUAUAACUUCAGCAUGAAUACUGCUGUAGGCUGAAUAGGUGAAUAUAUGUAAAUGUGAUGGCUUGAGUGACAUCACAAAAACAGUGAAUUUAAAAUAAGUUGUUUUGGCAGCUUAGUUUCUAUAUAUGGGCUGUAUGGGCUGCCGAGUAAAUGCUGUUUUGAAACUUUAAUAAUAUAUUAUUAAAUAAUAUAUUUAAUAAAAGUUUACAUACUGCAUCACACUCAUUUAUUUUAAAUGUAGCACUGAUGAUAUGUUCUUUCUGUUCCACAUUAUCAUGAUACAUAUCAUGAAUUGUGAAUUGUCUUCAAGUAUCAUAGUUUUUAUGUUUACCAUAUCACCCACUCCUAAUCUAUAGUAAUAGUACAGGGGCCAGAAUGUAACUGCUGCCUCAUUUAAGGUGGAACGAAAAAGCUCCUGAAGAAAAAGCAAACUUUACGCUUGUAGAAAUUCAGACCUGGAACAACAUUUAUCACCGUUUUGCCAGGCCUGUGGGGCCGGUGUUAGAAAGCAGUAUUGACAGAUUUAUUUAUAUAUUGUUCUGUUUUGUUUUUACAAUAUUGUACAAUAAAAAUAUUUCACACUUGUUAAAAGUGGCUCAUAUUUUAUAUUGGUAGGAAAAGUGGUUUUACAUGAUUGAAAACAGUGAUUCCAAACUUUUGAAUGGUGGUGUAUGUCCACUGUUUGUUGGUCGAGGCGUCUUAUGCUCGUUAAAUGAGGCAGAACAGCUUUCAGACGUGCAGUACUUCAGCUGUGAGGGAUUCAGAGUGAACAUGUUUUUAGUGGCUGUGUUGGUGUUGUUCAUAGCAAGGCGUUUCCUGUUGUGAGUAGCGCAGCAGUACAUCUGUCCACUGUGUGGGCAGGAAGCGGUGACCCCUGUGUCCAAACUGGCCUUCCCCAAGGAAGCCGGGCCAUCUCCAAAGAGAGCGCACUCCGCAGACAAACCAAUCUAGCUUCUCCCUGCCAAAACAAACAUCCACUUCCACCGAGCCCUCGCUCGCUGUUUACCCCAAAACUGAGCAAUCGAUGGCUUUGCCUCUUCAUUUUGUGAAGUCUUAGCAAGGACGCUGAGGUUUUCUGAAGGGGUUUCGAGUUUGUUUUAUUUUGAGACCAAUCAAAAUAAGAUCUAACUGUAGUGCCUUCUGAAACCACAUUUUUCAUUUCAUGGAUGCCUUUGGGAACUGUGUCAGACCGAUAUUGCGGUUGUUGUUCAGCGAAGGCUGAAAUGUUGAUGGUGCAAUAUGUGGCAAUAUAUGACUUGAUUUUUUUUCCUUAUAUAAAUAUAAAUGUUACAUAAAAUUAUUUGACAAGUACUGUGGUGUAAUGAAUGUACUACAUGUUUGAGAGAUGAAAAAACAACUUCACUGGAGAGAUUACUGGGACAAUUAUUUUGAACGGAUCAUAUGUAUGAACAGAAAGUUUAAUUAAAAGAGGAAUUUAACUCUU